GCUGCCCGGGGAGAGGCCGAGGGAGGCUGAGAGCAUCUCUGGUGCUGCAGGUGGGGGCAAAGUUCUCCUGGCAGCCCGGAGGCUGAGCAGCAGAGGCAGGAGGGUUCGGGCAGCGUGGGAUGAGGCCUUGUGGCCGUCAGCAUGGCCACACAGAUGUUCGAGGGGAGAGGGCAUGCGGCCGUCUACCAGAAAUACCUCUUCAGCCCUGGCGAGGGGCUGCAGGGAGCCAUCCCCAGCUACCUGAGGGAGAAGGGCACAAACCCCACCGAGCUGGCUGUGGAUGUGGGCUGCAGGUCGGGGCAAGGCACCCGCUUCCUGGCAGAGCGCUUCGGGAAGGUGGUGGGCACAGACAUCAGCCAGGCACAGAUCCAGGAGGCCAAGGCCGCCCCCUCACCUCCCAGUGUCUCCUACCUUGUGUGCCCUGUGGAGGAGCUGCCCUUUGAGGACGCCUCAGUUGACCUCCUUGCUUCAUUCACAGCUGCGCACUGGUUCGACACGAACUUCAUGAGAGAAGUGAACAGCGUGGUAGGCUGCGUGGCCAUCAGCACCCACACCGUGGACAUGAGCCUGCACUACGGAACCUUACAGAAGUUGACCCAGAUCUUCUGGGAGGUGAGGGAUGAAACCCAAGUCUUGGGGCUUCCCCUGCUGGUCAGGGCAAGGAGAAACAUGCAGAGGAGAAGCAACGGGCUUGUGGGUGCAGAGGGUCUGCAGGGCUAUGAAGAAGGUGGAGGGCUUGAGGCAGCAGAAGCCAGGCCCAGAGAAGAAUGCUUCUUUUCUCCAUGGCGCUUCACAGCCCUAUCACCUUGGCAUUUCUUAAGGGUUCCUUGGGUACCCAGCGGUAAAAACAAGGCGAGGCUAGGAGAGGCUGGUUACCCUAGACAGACAGGGGAGUGCUCUCCAGGUGACAAAGCCAAUGACCAAGCACAGCCCGUGGCUGUUCUGCACUGA